AUGCACCAAGACAGAAAAGGCGAUUAUCCCCAGUUCGAAAAUGUCGUUUAUCUCGACAGUGCUGGAACACCGCCAUACUCCCAAGAGUUGAUCGAGCGCGUGCAUGAAGACCUCAGGCACAGACGAUACGCAAAUCCACACUCUAACUCCGGACCGGCUCAAGCUAUCGCAAACGAUAUUCAAUCAGUCCGGAAGCGAGUACUGGAGUUCUUUGGUGCCAGCACGAAGGAUUGGGAUGUUGUUUUCGUAGCUAAUGCCACGGCGGCCAUAAAGCUCACCGCUGAUUGCUUCCGCGAUUACGCGGAAGCAAAUGGGAAGGAAUUUUGGUAUGGCUAUCACCGCGACUCUCACACCAGUUUGGUGGGAGCACGAGAGCUGGCCAAAGCCCAUCGAUGUUUCAUCCAGGAUGGUGAUAUUGACGAGUGGAUUCUGGAACCCACCAGGGCCGGUCACCAGUCAGAGCGGGUCAAUCUCUUGGCCUAUCCAGGCCAGUCGAACAUGACAGGCAGACGACUACCCAAUCACUGGCCAGGACUCAUUAGAGGAAACACAGACAACGAGUCCGAGACGUACACCCUCCUGGACGCGGCCGCCUUGGCUAGCACAAGCCCUCUCGAUCUAAGCAAGACUUCCACAUCGCCAGAUCUUGUCGCAGUCAGCUUCUACAAGAUCUUUGGGUAUCCCCAAUUGGGCGCUCUCAUUGUGCAGAAGCAGUCGGCCAAGCUACGAAAGCUACUGCUAAGCAGGAGAUACUUCGGCGGAGGUACUGUCGAUAUGGUAACCACAAUUGGCGGGAGCUGGCAUGCGAAGAAGAAUGGCUCUCUUCACGAGGCUCUCGAAGAUGGAACC